GCUAUGCUGAUGAAUUCGGGGACAAAAUUGGGCUAAUCAGACAACUUAUCAAACCCAGUGGUGGGCAAUGGUUCACAGAUAUAUAUUCGCUUUGUCCAGUUUGAAACUGCCCAUUGUAAUGGCGUUACGCGGCAUCAAUGCGUUAUAAUCACUUGUAAUUAUGGUAUAACGCAGCAUGAUGCGCAUGCGAGAAUCGUCAAUCGAGUUCAAGUUUGCGAAAUCGUAUUGACAAAAGUCUUUGAUAAAAGCGGAACUUUUCGAAUUGUUUAAUUGGUGUUUGGAUAAUUCUUGUGAUUGAAAUGUCCUGUGAAACGCCUAGCACCGAACUGGGAUCUCACAUUUGCUUGAAGCUGAUUAAUCUUGUCAAGGACCAUCCGGUGAUGUACUUGCCGUCAAAAUCGUCGCCUACCCGUCGAAAGAAUCGAAAUGAAGUAAACGGACUUUGGCAAGCGAUUUCUGCGGAGAUCGGUAUUUCAGCCGAGGAUUGCAAAAGGCGAUGGAAAGGCUUGAAAGACGUUUAUUCUAAACUUAGGAGACGACGACUGCAGGAAGGUGUUUUAGGAAUUUCAGCGAGAAGAAAGUGGUUGUACGAAGACGCUAUGGAUUUCUUAAAAUUUUCAUUCGAGCGUUCUUACCAAGAAGCACUGGAAGCUUUUGAAGAGGUUGAUUGCGAUGACUGGAAAUUAGAAUAUGCGGAAUGCAGCGAUGCUGGAGAACUGUAUUGUAAUGAUAACAACAAGCAAGUAAAAUCAAACGAAGAAAAAAGUAAAGAGCAGUCGUCGCAGACUGAUGAAAAGUUUAAAGAUAAGACAUUGGAAUGCAUGGACUUGGAUUUGCAUGCUGACACUAUUGCAGGUAUAGAAGAACAAGUUUCGGAACAGAGCUCAGAACAAGAUAAUGGAGGAUGGAGCAGUGGCCUUGAUAAUGAAUCACCUGUUCAACCUUGUCUGGUAGAAAAAAACACAAAAUUGCAAACAAGGUAUCGAGCUAUUCGUCCCAAACCUUACCAGUUGAAUGCGCUGCGUAAUGGUAGAAAUUUGAGGAGCAGUAAUGCUAUUCUAAAAACUAGCACAACUUCCACACCUUCUAUUGUAAGUGUGUCCAGUCUUAAUCCAAUGAAUCAAAUAAUUGUUGAAAGCCCCAAGUUGCAAUCGGAUAAAAAUUGUGAUACUGCCGUUUUGACCAGCACAAAUAUGAAAGUUAAUAAUUAUCCAAAGAUGGAAACUGUUGGUGUUAGAGUCACUUCUCCGUCACAAGAGCCAAAAGAGGAUUGUAAAAAUAUUAAAAUAGAAAUUGAUUCUUCUCUCAAGUCUAAAAAAAGUUUACCACCACCACAAGUUUUUCCUAAAAGGAGUAGCACUAGCAGUGUGGAACUAUUCUUUGAAAGUAUGGCACAGACUGUGAUGAAUUUACCCAUGAGAGCACAAGCAGAAAUCAAAAUGGAAAUUUGUAAAUUGGUUACUCGAGCAGAAAUUAAAUAUUCCCAGGUACCAAAUACAAAGUUAGGAUCCCGUAAAUCAAAAAGCAAACAGAGGUGAAACUAGCUGCAAAAACUUGUAUUAAUGGUAAUAUUUUACUUCGAAAAAUGAAACUAACCCAGUACACAGAGAUUCACAGUGAUAUAAGUAAUAGGAAAUAUGUUUUGAAUUCACCACAAAUAUUGCCAAAUAUGUGAAUGUAAUAAAGCCUCAGGAAGGAGCACAGAAGUCUGAAAUAAUCUUUUAAAUUUCGAGACACUUUAUUUCUAUGUAAGAAAUAAAUAUUUCAACAACAAAAAUGCAUAAGACAUUUGAAAGUAUGCCAACAUACCUAUACUUAAAUACUUAUGUAUUAUUGAUUUUAGGUAGAGAAGAGAUUUUAUUUAUUUUAUAUCAUUUCCGACAAUAGCAUACCGUAGAUAAUAUGCAUACAUGUAGUUAAAGUGUCAAAUUGAAGACAACUCAUCCUCAUUUUUAGCUUUUUGGUUAUUUAUUACACAUACAGUGCACGAAAAUGAUAAUACUAGAUCUGUGAAAUAGUUUGGCGUAUGAAUUGUAUGAGCGCAAAGGUGAAAGUGAACUCUUAAACCCUAUCAAGAAUUAUCGUCGUAUCAGGAUUAACCGUUGUAAAAACACGAUUAAUAAUGUUUUAAGCAGCAUAAUAAUAUGCGUAGAAGCAAAAUUGUUGUAACACAGAUUGUAAGUAGACUGCAGAUUAAAACAGAAGAUUUUAUAAAUGGAAUGGUUUACGACACUCGAUAAUACUCGAAAUGUUGAUUUGUGGACUGUGCAUUGAAGCAUUUUUUUUUCCACAAUUUAGGAGCAACAUAAAUCUUCAGUGUCGUAAGAAAAGUUAAACAAAGUUUGUUCGCGUCGUUCAAUAACUUCAUAGAUCCGCCACUACAUGAAAAAACACGCAAACAUCCUUCAUGUACGAUACUUUUUUAAUUAAUUGUCUCUAGUAUAAAUAAACCUCGAUUAGUAAGUAAUCAGGAAAUAAAUUUUAUUUUCAGUAUCUUCGAAUUUUUUUUCUUUUGGAUAAGUUGAUAAUUAUGACUAUCGGCGAUUGGUAUUCUUAGACAUCUGAGAGUAUAUUUAGAAGCAUUACGUUAAAACAAGUGGAACUAGUGCAUUUGUAAUAUUGAAUCGAGCAAACAUGAAAUUUAUCAAUGCAUUAUUAAAUAUUUAUUUUUUUCGAAAAACUUAAAUGCAUAGAAAUUAUUUCUGCCUUAGCAAGUUUCAAGCUCUGUCUCAGUUUUCUACUUUAGUUGUUAGCCUUAUGUUUAUCAGUACCCGAAAAAAGAGCAACCUUUAUACCCUCGCACUUUUACUUAACGGUAAGUCAAUAUAGCUGUUGAAGAUACAAUUUUACAAACAAAAGAAAAUCAAACUAGACUUAUUUCUGUAAAAUAAUACAGUUGCACAAUUAUUGCUGAUAAAUUGUGAAAUAUGAAUUGAAACAUGCGAUGCCUUAGCAAUGGAAUUCACACUGUCACCUGAGAGUAUAAAAGGGAAGUGUUCAACAGUAGAAAUCUGGCCCAAGCUUAUUCAUUUUGUAUGUAUCAUUUUGCUCAUUGACGUGCGAUCAAAUAACACGUGAAAAUAUCACAGCCCAUUGCUAUACCCGGAAAGUUAUUCAACGUUAAUAUAGUAAUAUCACAAAUGUUUACAUCCACAAAAUUGUUUAAUUUCUGGGUAAGUAAUAUGUAUUUGGUAAUAUGGUAGCUGUGUGUCAAGACAAUGUGUCUUGGUUAUUCUCUGCUUGCUCCCGAAAUUUAAGCAAAUUCUAUGAUGUACCCCUUCUCAGAUAUACUC